AUUCUCAAGUUUUCUUUCAAAAUUAACUUUAAAAAAAAAAAUAGAAAAAAUACAAAAGACUUCAACUCAAAAAAGCAAAACAUUGAAAAUCGAGAAUAGAAGUGAUGAAAGAAUAUAGAGAUUGCAGAAAUCGAUCGAAUUAAAUUAUCAAUUAUAAACGUUUGUUUGUUUACAAAGAAAGAGUGGAGAGAAGGGAAGAUCGGAGGGAUUUCUGCGAAGAAGGGGGAGGUAUACAGAGAAGACGACACCUUAACUUUUUCUCUUAUUAUCACGACGGGAUUACCGUUGCUCGAAAUUAACCCUGCAGCGUCGGGAGCGCGACACCUAGGUACGCGAGAUCCGUGCCUCGCCCCUGAGGAACGGUGCGCUACCGGUUCUACCCCCGUGUGUUUCGUCCACGAAGACUCCGCCUUUUGGCACGGGAUUCGGAGGAAGAGGAUGUACUCUGUUGCCAUCCCGUGAACGCGAGUCAGGCCAGCGUGGGUGUCCGCCAGCGGAGGAGGAUCCUCGGGAGACCCCUCCUCCCUCGUAAAAACUUUCCCUUCCUUCCGAUCCUUCCUCCUCCUCCUCCUCCUUCUCCACCGGUUCCUCGAUCGAGGUUUCACCACUUUGUGGAGUGGAAGACCGGCAGAAUGCAGAGGAGGAGAUUUCUGUGAGGGAGAGAGAAGGAGGGAGGGAGAGAGAGAGAGAGAGGGAGGGAGGGCGUACAGAUCGGAGAGUGAUGUGCCGAUGAUAAGCCAGAGAGAUGUAGUCGACUCGGGGGAGUUCUUUCUGAUUCAUCCGAUUCCCCGCGUUCACGCCGCGGCUUUAAGCCUUGUCAGCGUCCGGAUCUCGAGGUGAGGACAAGCCCUGUUGACGAGAGGUGUGAGAUCCCGUCGUCCGAGAUGUCGAGCAACCUCUGAUAUUCGCCCAGGAUCUCGAACCUCGCUGAUUGCCUUGAAACGCUUAAUGAGCGGUCACGAAAGAUAAGCAUUCUACGAAUCUCCGUUUCGCCGAUCUCUUUUUCCCUUUUCUUCUCCUUUCCUUUUUGCCUCAAACUCUCCACGGCCUCUCCACGCGUCUUGCUAUCUCUUACGCGUUAUUUUCUCGAGCCGAUUGUUUUAUGCGAAUCGAAGAGGGUUUCAGUUCCGCCGCCCCUCCUCCCCCUCCCCCUCCCCCGGAAGAAGAACAGUGUUCCCUCGGCGAGAAAAGAAAAAAAAAAUGGAAAAAGGAUCGUGAUUGAAAGUGCUUGAGAAAAGUUUUGUGCCUUUGUGAAAGUUUUUUUUUUGUUAUUCGUCCAGUGUAAAAGUAAAAUUGUGCGCGACCAAGAUCAGGAACAAAAGAGGAAAGUUCUUUCUUUCUUUCCUUCUUUUCUUCUGAACGAAAAAGAUAUAUAUAAAUUUUCAAACGUUGUUUAAAACGAUUAUACUAUACAUUAAAGUAAGAAAAUUUUCUUUAUCCUGAUUUCGAGUAAAUAAUUAAUAAGUGGGCAAAUCGUUUCGUUAAAUGCGACUCGAGAAUCGGGUAUAAAGAUGCAACAGCAGUAUGACCAACGACACGAUAUCACCGCCGAUUGUUGUUACCAACAAUGGAUUUCUCACCAUCAAAGCCAGCACGGUCAACCCGUGACGAAUUUACCGUCCCCGAUGCAACAAAUGGAAGCGUGUUUGCAAUCGGCGGGAAGGGUGAAGCGAUCCCGCAGCCCAAAUCUGUCCAAGGCAUCGUUGGCUGCCCAACCUACGAAUUCGACGCCCGUCUCCUCCUCGUCGGCCGUCGUCGAGUCACGUAGCAACGACAGCAACAACAACAAUCGUCAUCACGGCGAUCACCAUCCGGCCGAGAACGGCGCGAAUUCGUCGGAGGAGAUUUGCUCGAAGAGGCCUCUUCACCCCGCCCUUGUAGGCGCCGGGGCCGCCCUCGAAGCGAAACCACUUUGGGAAGAGUUUCAUCAAUUGGGGACGGAAAUGAUCGUCACUAAAGCCGGAAGAAGGAUGUUUCCUACUUUCCAGUGUCGAUUCUUCGGAUUGGACCCCGCCACCGAUUACCUCCUCGUCAUGGAUUUCGUACCUUGCGACGACAAGAGGUACAGAUACGCUUUCCACAGCAGCGCUUGGGUGGUUGCUGGCCGAGCCGAUCCUGUCUCACCCCCGAGGAUUCACGUGCACCCCGACAGCCCUGCGAGCGGAGCUCACUGGAUGAAGCAACCGGUCUCCUUCGAUAAGCUGAAACUCACCAACAAUCAGCUCGACGACAACGGGCACAUAAUCUUGAAUUCGAUGCAUCGAUAUCAGCCACGUUGCCACGUCGUGGUCGCACCUUCGCCACCCGGCUCUGCCCCUGAUCCACGGACCGAGAAUUUCAAAACGUUCACGUUUCCGGAGACACGAUUCACCGCCGUUACCGCGUAUCAGAAUCAUCGUAUCACGCAGCUCAAGAUCGCGAGUAAUCCCUUCGCGAAAGGUUUUCGGGAUUGCGAGUCGGACGAGUGCGAGCCGGUCGCUGUUGUUCCGGGGAUGCAAAAUCCGGCGAAGAGGGCCGCGACAGGAAGUGGCAGCGUUUUGUCGCCCAACUACGUAAACGCUAUACCCACAGUGCAAAUUCCAAGCAUAUCAUCGGGCCAAGAGCAUCAUCAAUUUUACGGAGCUACAGCAGCCGGGCCUUGGCCGUACGCGGGACACCAUGGACAACAUGGCGCGACUGCGCACAUGAAUUCCAUCCACUAUCCUCAUCAUACUCAUCCUGGGCCAUCAUUGUACCACGGGCCACGGUAAUUCGGAUUUUUCUGUCUCCUCCUCCCGAGAAUUUUCCCGAAAAUGACACGGUGAAAUUUGUGAAUCAUUUGUGAUCGUAGUUCGAGUAGUGGAUAAAUAAUUAUCUAUUAAAUUGUUUCGAAGCUGAAAAAGAAGAAGGAAGAAAGGAAGAAAGAAAAAAUUAAGAAGGAAGUUAAAGUUAUUAAAAUUGGAGAAAAUUAAUUGAUUCUCGAUCGAUACCAAAGUAACGUGAUAACAUGUCAGGUGAUAGAAGAUAAGUUUUUACACGAAGAAUGAAUGAAUUCAUAUACGAGUUAAUUUUUAAACGAGUUACGUUUAAAUAAGAUAUAUAAAAUAAAUGAACGAGAAACAUUCGUUCGAAUGUUUGUAUCGAAGAUGUAAUGUAAUGUAAAUUAGAUUUAAGGAUAUAGAGUUAUUUAAAUUAUACACGUAUGUAACGUAAGUGUCUUAUUAGGUUUGUAUGGAAAUAUGUAUUUAUUAUAUUUCUCGAGAUUCAAGAUCCCCGAGUAAAUAAUCGUUAUAAAUGUUAUAUCAUGUUGUAAACUCUCUAUUUAUUUAAAGAUACUUAUAAACUCGACGAUUCAUAUUAUUUAGAAUAUUUAUAAGAUUUAUAAAAGAUGAUUAUACAAAUAAUUUACUAGAGGAUCUUGUGAAGAUAUAUAUUAUAUAUAUAUAUACAUAUAUAUAUAUAUAUAUAUAUAAUGAAGAUCGACUGGCAUUCACGAUGAUAAAAUUGCGUGAUACAAAUCGGUUAGUGUCGUAGGUCCGUAGCGAGCCAGUCGAAAAAGAAAGUGCCUUUUGUAGGAGCAAAGUGCAUCUAUUUAUACAGGGUGUCUGAAAUGCCAAACGAGCUUAAAACGCUCUCGAGCCAAGACGGGAAAGUAAACGCACCGUGACAACCCAUGAGAGAAACUCGGCUAUUAAGUGCCUUAAUAAAUUAUUCGACAAGUAUCAUGUGUACCAUUGUGUUUCGAAACUUUUUUGCCUUGCUUAUGUUAAACAACAUAUUAAAAAAAAGAAAAAUAAGAGCUUUAUAUAUGAAAAUGAAAAAAAAAAUCUUAAUACCAAGUA